CGCGCGCCCAGCCAGCAGCGAAGUGAGACAUGAGCGAGACCAGCACAGAACAGUGCGAAAAAUUCAGCGAAAGCUAGUCCAGACAGAGCUUCCUCCUGACUCGAGCGCGUUUUGUGGAGGAAGUUGUCUCCAAGAACCCCGACGUGCACGGAGAGGUGGUGAUUUUUUUUGCACAAUUGCACCGAAUUUGCACGACUGGGCGGCUGAAGUUUGAGUGAUUGAGGACCUUCUCCGUUUUUGGUUUCGGGAGCAGCACGUCGUGCCACACGGGGAGGAGAGGAGAGAGGGCAGAAGUUUCCGCUGGCUUGUUUUGUCGCUGCGCGGCUGGUAAAUCCGCAGGAAUGUCGCAGAAGGAGAGACCCACUUUCUACAGACAGGAGCUCAACAAAACCGUGUGGGAGGUCCCGGAGCGGUACCAGAACUUGUCUCCCGUCGGCUCCGGUGCCUACGGAUCCGUAUGUUCGGUGUAUGAUGUGAAGACAGGCCUGAAGAUAGCAGUUAAGAAGUUGUCCAGACCCUUCCAGUCCAUCAUCCACGCAAAGAGAACCUACAGAGAGCUGCGGCUGCUCAAACACAUGAAGCACGAGAAUGUGAUUGGUCUAUUAGAUGUUUUCACACCAGCAACAAGCUUAGAGGAGUUCAAUGAUGUGUACUUGGUGACCCACCUAAUGGGUGCAGACCUCAACAACAUCGUUAAGUGUCAAAAGCUGACUGAUGACCACGUCCAGUUCCUCAUCUACCAGAUUCUCAGAGGCUUAAAGUACAUCCAUUCUGCAGAUAUCAUCCACAGAGACUUAAAGCCCAGUAAUCUGGCUGUGAAUGAAGACUGUGAGCUCAAGAUCCUGGAUUUUGGUUUGGCACGGCACACAGAUGAUGAGAUGACGGGCUAUGUAGCCACCCGGUGGUACCGAGCCCCAGAGAUCAUGCUCAACUGGAUGCACUACAACAUGACAGUGGAUAUCUGGUCGGUGGGCUGCAUCAUGGCUGAACUACUUACUGGACAGACGCUCUUCCCUGGCACGGACCAUAUAAACCAGCUGCAGCAGAUAAUGCGCCUGACUGGGACGCCCCCAGCCUCUCUCAUAAGCAGGAUGCCCAGCCACGAGGCGAGGAACUACAUUAACUCACUUCCCCACAUGCCCAAGAGGAACUUUGCUGAUGUGUUUAUUGGUGCCAACCCUCUUGCGGUGGACUUGCUGGAGAAAAUGCUGGUGCUGGACACAGACAAACGUAUCACGGCAUCUGAAGCUCUGGCCCACCCGUACUUUGCCCAGUACCACGAUCCAGACGACGAGCCUGAAGCAGAGCCUUACGACCAGAGCUUUGAAAGCCGUGAGCUGGAAAUUGAGGAAUGGAAGAGGUUAACCUAUGAGGAGGUAGUAAGUUUCGAGCCACAGUCGUUUGAUGGAGAUGAGAUGGAAUCCUGAGGAGGAGGCAUCUUUCUUCCAUCUUUUUGUUUUCCAAGAAACACUCUUUAAGGACUAUCAGUCUCUUGUGACUAUCCACCACUUUCUACACACACACACACACACACACACACACACACACACACACACACACACACACACACACACACACACACACACACACACACACACACACAACAUUCAAGUGCCUGCCAUCAUUCAUCUCCGGGCGACGUUGUUUAAUCAGGGAUAAGACUUGACAUCCUGUUCCUUCUGUCCCCCACUUUGCUGUUUUUGUUACUCUGCAUCCCAAGGCGCCAAGGUAGACUUUAAAUUGUCCUUAUAUUUUUAGUGAGUUUCAAACUGCGGUGAGUCCUCCACACAUUAAAAUUAAAUGUUAUUUCAAUCAUCACAUAAAACUGUUUAAAUAUGACAAACAGUAUUUGUACAUAAGUACUUCACUCAAACCAGUUACCGUAUUUGUGUAAUAGUCAUUACUGGUGAGUCACGCCUCAGCCGACACCUUUGACAGUAUGAAUUUUCUUACUAGAGUUUAGCCUAAAAUGACAUAUACAAAGAUAAAGUAUGUGAUUUAAUACAAGUAUGUAUAGGAUAGGAAAGAAUAUAAAAUAUUUACCUCUACAAAUUCAAGGCUUCAUAUUUCGUAUUGUUGGAUUUGAAGGCUUACAGUGUCCCUUUUUUAACCAAAAUAUGAGUAUGGAGACUCAGCCUAUGUAUCCAUUUCACCUGCUGAACAUUAGUUUCUACUCUUUUCUCCAUAUCAAUUAUUCUUUUAGCACUUCCGUUCUGUUGUUUCAGAAGAAUGUUACAGUCCCCAUUAUCACAAUCUAUACUUUUGCAUGAUAAAGCCAGAUUUGGCUUAUUUGUUUAUUGAAAUGUGAUGUUUCCCACCAUAACACCAACUGACAAUGUACUUUAAUCAUUGCAUUUAUAAAAACACAGUUCUAUUAAUGUUUAUUGAAUGUUGGGGGCACCAGUCUGUCCUGUAUUUAUGAUCUUUUGUUAUGUUGUUUGUAUAUCAAUGUAAAAGAGAAUAUUAUUUGUCAGAAUUUAAGGUUCUUUUUUAUUAUUUAUGGAACGCAUACUGUAUCAGAAACCAAAUGUAUCUUCAAUAAUCUCAAAUGUCAGUUAAGCCGAAGUUACAGCUUGUGUGUCAGAGCCAACAAUAUUAUUAAAAUGUUGCAAACAACCAUAUAGUUUUAAUCCGUUUGAUCAACUGCUUAUUUCUGGAGUUGUUUCAGUUCAUUUUUUCUUUAGUUUUAAGCCAUUCUUAAGCAUUUCUUUAUUAUUUAGGUACUGCCCUUUGAAAGUAUCCUAAUUCUUUAAAUAAAUUCAAUAAACAUUAAGCAAAAAUAUUUAUUACAACUAUGUCCACAUUUUGUAUUGACAUACAAACCACUAAACCGUAAUCUCCUAGUUCUGAAGUGUACUACAAACAUUUGUUGAAAAAAAUGUUAGGAGUCAAAUUACCUUGUGACAUACAAGCUAUAACCACGGUUCUUCUGGCUAAAGUCAAAUAUCAGUGUCUUCACAAUUUCAUUUGCAACAGCUAGUUUUCAUGUAGUGCUUUUUCUAAUGUAUUAUUUUUUUCUUUUUGUGUUAAAUCAAGAUUGGAUGUUAUUCUGUGAUUCUUUUAAUAUUGAUUGUUGUUUUUUUUGCGUAAUGCUAGAACUGUACUUGUCAUUCAUUUGAAUAAUUUAGCAGGGCACAUGUUUAUGGAAAAGAGUGUAAGUUUACUCACUGGAUGCUGAAGGGCAAUGCUGAAGCUUCAUUCUUUGUAGUUUUAAAACAACUGCAUACGUUAGAUAGGAUAUUUAAAUUUUUCCAUAUCCAAAUGUCAGUAGUUAAUUUGGUUAUUGGUUAUGCUUUCUUUGCCUGAGAUGUGUUCAUAUCUUUUUACUAUGUGCUUUUAUCACAUGUACCAAGACAGCACGCCACCUGUAAAUACCACCAUUAGGAAAUAAAGGCUACUAUUUUUCAAACCUGUAA